AUUUAAAAUCAACCCAAACACACCCUGUAACAAGUCCCUUUGUUUUUCCCUUCUUGAGUACUUUGCUUUUGGCUCAAAUCUUCCCUCCCUUUUCAAUUAAAAUUCAUAUCAAUGUGGUUCCUUCCACAUUUUAUUCCUUGAUUUGAACCCACCACAAUUUUCUUGAAUUCUUUCUUGCCAAACCCUUUUUCUUGCAACAUUGUCUUAAUUAUCUAUACUCAGUGUUGUGAUUAUUAUUACAUCCGUGUGGCAUUCAAUUACUGGGCUAUAAAUUCAAGUUAAUGAGGGUGUGAGUUGCAAAUAGCUCCAAGUUUCAGGUAUAAAUACUGCUCUUGUUUCUGAGGAGAAUGGAGGCCACAACAAGCAGCAAAAUCAGAUCAAAGAUGGAGGAUUUUGAGGUUGUGGAGCAGAUUGGGAGAGGGGCGUUUGGAGCUGCUUUUCUUGUUCAUCACAAGACUGAGAAGAAGAGGUAUGUCUUGAAGAAGAUUCGUCUGGCUAAGCAGACAGAGAAGUUCAAGAAGACUGCACAUCAGGAGAUGGCUUUGAUGGCAACGUUAAACAACCCAUAUAUUGUUAAGUACAAGGAUGCUUGGGUGGAGAAGGAUUCCUAUGUAUGCAUCGUGACAAGUUAUUGUGAAGGCGGAGACAUGGCAGAUAUAAUCAAAAGAGCUAGAGGAAUACAUUUCCCUGAAGAGAGGAUCUGUAGAUGGCUGACUCAGCUGCUCUUAGCAUUGGAUUACCUUCACUCUAACCGCGUCCUUCAUAGGGAUCUUAAGUGCUCAAACAUUUUCCUUACAAAAGAGAAUGAGAUCAGACUAGGUGAUUUUGGGCUUGCAAAACUGCUGAACAAAGAUGAUCUUGCUUCAUCAGUUGUGGGCACUCCGAACUACAUGUGUCCAGAAAUUCUGGCAGAUAUACCCUACGGCUACAAGUCCGAUAUAUGGUCAUUAGGUUGUUGUAUGUUUGAAAUAGCAGCCCAUCUACCCCCGUUCAGGGCUCCAGAUAUGGCUGGACUUAUUAACAAAAUAAACAGAUCCACCAUUUCACCUCUCCCCACAGUAUAUUCGUCUUCACUGAAGCAACUGAUCAAAAGCAUGCUUAGGAAAAGCCCCGAACACAGACCUACGGCUGCAGAACUCUUGAGGCAUUCGCAUUUACAGCCGUAUCUCGCUCAGUACAGCAACUUACCUCCAGUUUUUCUUCCGGUGAAGUCCGAGAUGGAGUCGAAGUGCAAAUCACCAAGAAUUCAGCUGCCUGAAAAGUAUUCACAUACCAAGGAGAGCAAACCUCACAAGAAAGUGCAGAUAAAAGAGUCAGAUGAUACUACAGAAGGGGAGAAAAAGGCGAAAAUGCCUCCUCGAAUUUCAUGGAAAAACAGUUUGCCAACUUCACUCAAGACUACUAAAUUCAGUGCUGAAACAAGGGAGUUUGUUGACCGUCGGGUUCAAGUACCAUGCACAGACACUGGAGACGACAACAAUACUCCUGAUAAAGGCAAAAGUAUCAACUCUGGAUCAUCGUCUGGAUCAAGUACGCUAACCGAACAGAAUGAAGAUGCGGUACAAAAAGAACAUGCUCAGCGACAGCCCAAAUCCAGUGAAACAGCCACAAACAAGACUUGUGAUACUGAAAGACAACAUAAAACGGUGAACACGAGUGUAUAUAUCAAUUGGCCAGUCGAAGAUGAUAUGUCAGCUAAUAAAGCAAAAGAGAAGACCUCGCAGGAGCAGACUCAAAAGUCAAGCUUGGCUAGAAUACCAAGUAUAUCAAACCGUGACAGCGAAAACAACGAACCUGAAAUUUUGGGCGAACAGAAAGCGCAAGCCAUGGAAUCGUUGCUUGAACUGUGCGCACAUCUUCUCAAGCGCGAAAGGCUUGAGGAACUUGCAGGCGUUCUGAAGCCAUUUGGGGAAGAAGCCGUCUCAUCAAGAGAAACCGCCAUUUGGCUGACGAAGGGGUUGAUGAACAUUCAACGACCAGCCGGAGAAGCUUAGCUGCUUCAAGAAGUUGGCAGCUCUUGUAAAUUGUAUGUUGUACAAUUGACUCUCGAACAGCAGUGUUGAAGAAUUUACACUCACUUUUCACUGCAUAUUAUUGAGAACUCGCAUGCUCAUCAUCAUCAGAUUGUCAGAAUCAGUUCAGGGAAAGCAUAUUGAAGAUCAGAUUGUAAUAGUUUGUAAAUAAGUUCACAUUGUAACACGUUAUCACGUAUACUAUGUUUCUUGUCUCA